GGAAGAAAUUGCCAAAGCAGUGACAAGGACAACGUCGCGCGGUGCGGUCGAUAUUUCUCUUACUCCGUCGAUCGGCAAUUAUUGCUGCCGAUCUCUUGUCACAGCUGGACUCACAUACUCCGUUCGGAGAGAUAAUUUCUCUCACGGAAUUUUUGCAAAUCGCGUGAAAAUAUUUUUCAUCAUCGGCACAAACUCCGAACACUAAAAUUUUCAAUCCGUAUCUACGGCGCCUUAGAAAGAACGGGAAUUUUAUUCUGCCGAAUCCUUACAAAACAUCCAGAAAUAGUUUCAAAGUUCUUGCCGAACGGAUUUGACAAAAAACGAUUUUGAAAAAUGGCAGGAAAAAGGAAAACUAAGAAGACGAAGAAGCAGAAGAAGAUCAUAGACGAAUAUCAAUUACGCAGAGAUCUAAGAGAACAGAUGAAGAUGAUGGAAACCGCGGAUCUAGUGCAAGAAACUGUGAUACAUGCGAAGGACCAGACACAAUACUCUGAAGAUAUUAGAAUCGGUGGUAUAGAGGGAGGUGGGACUCAUUCUACACUUGUAAUAAUCGAUGGAAAAGGUACGCGACUAACGGAAAUUGAAGGACCGCUAACUAAUCCUUGGGCAAUUGGCAUAGAUGAGACAGCUGCCAGACUUAGCGCGAUGAUCGAGAAGGGUAAACAAACAUUAAAUAUACCAGAAUCCGUCCCUUUAGAUUGCGUAGGGUUCAGUUUAAGUGGUUGUAAGGAGGAAUCUACUGAUCGUCAGCUCAAGGAAACUUUCCUACAAAAAUAUCCACACUCUGCUAAGGAUUGUGUAAUCACCUCGGAUGCUGUUGGUGCUCUCCGAACUGGCUUGGAAUCAGGCGGAAUUGUAUUAAUUAGUGGAACUGGUAGUAAUGGUAUGCUCAUCAAUCCCGAUGGAGAGAUUCUCGGAUGCGGAGGCUGGGGACAUAUGUUGGGCGAUGAGGGAGGUGCUUACUGGAUCGCCCACCGUGCCUGCAAAUAUGUAUAUGAUGAUAUCGAUGGUUUCACGGAGGCACCGGAAUCCAUAAACUAUCUAUGGUCGGCGAUCAGAAAAUAUUUCAACAUAAUCGAUAGACGCGGUAUAUUACCAUAUCUUUAUACGAAUUUCGACAAGAGCAUCAUCGCAGGUUUCACCAAAGAGAUUGCGAUCGGUUGCGAGAAGGACGAUCCAUUAUGCCUGAGGAUUUUUGAAGAAGCUGGAUGUGUAUUGGCAAAGCACGUUAAUGUUCUCUGGAAAAAGGCGCACAAUGAUCUUAAGUUGGCUCAUGGCGGAAUAAAAGUGAUCUGCGUCGGAUCUGUGUGGGAAUCAUGGAAAUUCAUGAAGAAUGGUUUCGUGAAUGAAAUUCAUAACAGACAUAUUGUGAACGAGUUGAGUCUAUUGCGGUUAACGACAACGUCGGCGUUAGGCGCGUGCUACCUGGCCGCGGAGAAAAUCAAUUGUUCAUUCGUCAAACCAUACGACAGCAACGUCGAAAUCUUCUUCCAUUAUAAGCGCGAUAAUUAUCCGGCGUGAAUAAUUAAACGUAAACGAUAGAAUUUAAAAAAUAAUAAUUUUU